ACAUGGCGUCCGCCCAACCCUCCAAACCAAGGCGGCCAAGCCCCUUCCAUUUGCCAGGCGGCCACACCAUCUGAUCCCCAAUUCGUUUCCACCUAUCGAGCCAAGGUGCGACGACGGCGGUCGCAGCGUCCCCUCCCUCCCUCCGUACCGCUGCCGCCGGUCUACCAAACGGUGAAAUAUUUACGUAAGCGAAUCAGGGUCUUGAAGAUAGCUUCCAGAUAUGUGGGGUUUUGCAUCAAAUGCUUGGGCAUCCGGGCUGGGGAAGAGGAGUCCCCCAAAUUGCACCUCUUCGAGUGCUGCUUGUUCCGAUGACGAAGCAUCCUCGUGCACGAGCAGGGAAGAAGGCCUGGAAUGCCCAAUAUGUUGGGAGUCUUUCAAUAUAGUGGAGAAUGUGCCUUACGUGCUAUGGUGCGGCCACACCCUUUGCAAGAACUGCGUCCUAGGACUUCAAUGGGCCGUCAUCAAAGUUCCAACUGUGCCGAUGCAGCUACCCUUCUUCGUUUGCUGUCCCUGGUGCAACCUCCUGUCGCUUCGCAUACUUUACAAAGGGAACCUCACGUUCCCACGGAAGAAUUAUUUCCUCCUCUGGAUGGUUGAGGGGAUGAAUGGUGAGCGGGCCAGAUCACGCCCAGCUACUCACAGCGAGCAACAUACUCCAUGGCUCUCAAGCAGCAGCAGAGCAAAUGGAAAUGCAGGCUGUUCAAAUCCCACAAGACGCCACCUUCCGCUGCCACCGCCGGUUGACACUACUUCGCCCACCAAUGCAAAUCAUGCCAACCAUGGGGUCCCUGUCCCUCUGCUGAACGCAGAGAGAGUACAAGCUUCGCUGCGCAAGUCCUUGUCGUUCCUGGUUCACCUGACCGCCAAGUUUCCCCUGGUGUUCAUCUUCCUCCUCAUAGUGCUCUAUGCGAUCCCUGCCAGCGCAGCAGUCUUGCUACUGUACAUCCUUAUCACGGUGCUGUUCGCGCUCCCCUCGUUCCUGAUACUGUAUUUCGCGUAUCCGAGCCUGGACUGGCUUGUUAGGGAAAUCUUUGCCUGAGAUUUCCUUGUUCGGUAAAAUCUCAAUACUGUUGUUGAGUCCUUGUAUAACUGAACCUUCCCUAGAUCUUGUUGCAAGCGUGGAUGCUAUUGCAAAGUUUUGGUUUUUACACCAUGAGAUGUGUUUACCUCAAGUC